AUGGCUCUUUUCAACAACUUUACUCGAGACAAGUACGACUGGAGAAGGGAGUUGGUGGUCGUCACUGGCGGUUCUGGCGACCUCGGGAACAUACUCGUGCGGAAGCUGGCAAAGAACUGUAUCAAAGUGGUUAGUCUUGAUAUUGUACCUCCAGAGAAUCCGCUACCAUCGAACGCAUCCUUCUACGAAACGGACAUCACCAGUUCCACUUCCCUCGAAAAGACCGCGGAGCAGAUACGUUGUGACCAUGGCGAACCUACAGUACUGGUCAACAGUGCAGCCGUCAUGAACAUGGCUUCCAUUCUUGACGAGACCGAGGAACAAAUUCAUCAAGUCUUUGAUGUCAACAUCAUCUCCAGUUUUCUGUUGAUCAAAGAAUUCCUGCCCUCGAUGAUCAAACACAACCAUGGUCAUUAUGUCGACAUUGCGUGUCGGGAAGUUUUUGCUCCUGGCGUGAACAACGUAGACUACGCAUGCUCAAAGUCCGGUACCUUAGCCCUGCAUGAGGGUCUGAUGAAGGAGCUGCGGCAUCGGUACAAGGCGCCAAAAGUGCGGGCAAGUGUUAUCCAUCUGCCUCACGUUAAAACAGCCAUGGUUGAGAAGGUUAAGGGCUCCGGAUUCCUCAAGUCAAAGAUAGUCAAACCCGAACCCGUUGUAGACCUUAUCUUCAGACAGAUCAUGGCUGGACGUAGUGGCCAUGUGCAUUUGCCGGAAUAG